UCUCAGCAGACGGCCGAAAUGGAAGCAUGGCGGACGUUGUGUUCAUUGUUUUGGAACGAAAGAUUUUGGCUUCCAGAAGGCUUUACAUGGAAACAUUUAGAAAAUACAGAUAAUGGAAUAUAUCAUCCACAAGUGCAAGAUCUCAUUUGGUAUCCUAUCCCUUUAGCAGUGGUGCUUUUGGUGCUAAGACUACUCUUUGAAAGGUACAUAGCUGCUCCUAUUGCUGUACAUUUGGGAGUGAAAGAAAAAGUUAUUGUCCAAGUCCCGCACAACCCCAUAUUAGAAAAUGAAUUUAAAAGAAAUAAAAAUCCAAGUGAUAAACAAUUACAGGCCAUAGUAAAACAAACAGAUUGGACCAGGCGGCGUGUAGAGCGAUGGUUUCGGCUCAGGAGGAAUCUGGGCAGACCUAGUGAUAUUGUAAAAUUCUCAGAAAAUAGCUGGAGGUUUUGUUUCUACCUAUCAGCCUUUGUGUACGGUAUCACCAUAUUAUGGGAUAAACCAUGGUUUUGGGAGACACGGAAUUGCUGGAUGGGCUACCCAGACCAGCAUGUAACAGAUGAUGUAUUCUGGUAUUACAUGUUAGAGUUAGCUUUCUACUGGUCUCUCUCUGCCUCACAGUUUGCUGACAUCAAGAGAAAGGAUUUCUGGGAGAUGUUCCUCCACCACAUUGUGACUAUAUUUCUGAUGUCAAUGUCUUGGUCCAAUAACUAUGUGAGGAUAGGUACACUGGUGUUAGCUGUCCAUGAUGCUGCUGACUUCUGGCUAGAGGCAGCAAAGAUGGCAAAAUAUGCAGGUCGGCAGAAGCUGUGUGAUUUCUUGUUUGGUGGGUUUGCUCUGGUCUGGCUCAUCACUAGACUGAUCAUAUUUCCUACAAGGGUGAUCCGCAGCACACUGUUAGAGGGGCACACCACAGUGAAGGUGGACCCCUUCACCUACCCCUUUUACUGGGUGUAUAACAUACUGCUGACAUCCCUACUGGUGCUCCACAUAUUUUGGUUUUAUUUGAUAUGCAAAGUUGCCUUCACAGCUUUUCUUAAGGGCAAGGUAGAGAAAGAUGAACGCAGUGAGAGCGAGGAGCAGAGUUCUGAAGAACCUGAUGUUCUAGGUGGCGCUGGUGAUAUCAUUGAUGAUCAUAUCAACCACAACAUGAAUGAGAAGAAGUAACGGAAACCUAUGGAUUCGCGGUCAUUGCUGUGCGAGAAGAAUCUGACCAGAUAGUGCCACAAGACUUACUGGGACAUUUCAUGGUGACAUCACACCACAUCCACUGCACAGAGGCUAUAGGGGGGAUUUCUAUGUUGAUGAUUUGGAGAAUAUAUCAUGGACAGAGGAAUGUGUGCUUAUAAACUACUGAUUCAAUUAAAAUGCACUCCCACUGCCCCUGUGAUAACAAGACUGGGUGGUUUUUGAUGAGACAAAGAGAUGCCAAGACAUCUGCAGAGGACCCUAAAACUGACCAUUGCCUGUCUUUGUGUUUAAAGCCUGUAUGUGAGGCCACACAUUCCAAAAUUAAGUGAUUUUUUUUCCAUUGGAGUCGAGUUUGGUUAAGCUUACUCUCCCAAAUUCUCAUCCAACCAUGGGUCAUAAAAUUCUUAAAUAAUUAAACGUUAGUGAAAGAAAAAAGUGGGAAAGUGUGGAUGUGAAUUACUGACCGCUCUAAGGCCAUCUUUUCAUACAUCUUCAAAUAUGGUAUGUUAUGUGAAAGAUGAUGUGAAUUCUUCUCAUAAUUUAAACCUUGAAAUGUCAAUUGGACCUUAUGUUUAGCAGCUCAAAAUUAUGCUCAGUGAUGUGUAUAAAAGUGUUUUGUAUGUUACAGCAAUUGUUAACUUUAAAUUUUAGAAAAGUGCCAUCUGACUAUUAGAUUUUUUUCUGCAUUUGACAUUUUGUACUGUUAAGGUGCUUUGGUAAUGCAAUUGAUAUACAUAUAUUUUUCAAAUUUUUGUUUUUAAAAACUAGCAUGUGGGAUUAAUGUGUGAACUUUGAGACAUUUGUAUUUUCUCUUAAACCAACCUUGUUGACAAUUGUAAGGGCACACAUUACUGGUCGCUACUUAUCUAUACGUAUUUCUCCAUCUUACCAGUGUAGUGGUAGAAAGGAUGUUAUUCAAUUGAUUUUGUAAAAUUCCUUUAAUCCUGUUCUUUCUUAGGACCUUUUCUUUCAAGUCUUACAACCAAAAUGUAUGUGUGUAAUGUUGUAUAUAGUAAGUUAAUGCUUGUUCCUGUAAUUGCUAAGGUGUACAUAAAAAUACAAAUUUGAAGGCAAACUACUGAUGAAAGUGUAUUGAAUGAGAUUAUUGAAACAGUUUUUUUUUCUUAUUUUGGGGACUCUGAAGUUUGUUGAAUGUUUCUUGUUCAGUUAAGAAUCAUGAGGGUAAAAUGUACGGAGAUCAUUUGCUGUUGACAUGUCUGUAAAAUUAUUUUUUAAUAAUUAACAUUUAUAUUUUUUCACAACACAGGAAGUGAAAGAGCAGAUCAUUGUGAUGAUUGACCAUUACAACAGUCUGUACACCCAUGUUUUACAUAGGGUUUGUGACUUAAUCAAAAUGUGAGACCAAUUCAAACUACGUUUUGUAAAUAGGCCAUUUGAGUCAGUUAUGUCAUUUAUAAGGUAUUUUGUGUUGUUUAUUCUCUCCACUCCGACAAAAAAACUUUGUUCCUGUCAAAAAUGAUCCAUCUUGCAUGUUAAAAUAUUAUGUAUUGAAGUCUUGCCAAUUGUGUAAGGACCCUGGGUGUCAGUUUUAAAAAUGAUCUCUCUUAACGUUGCGGUUUCUUAUUUGACUUAGUUGUAUAACUAUUGCAAAUGUGCAAUUCUAUUUGCAAAUUUGAUCCAAAUUGACAGGAUCAGGCCAUUGUCUCCUGUGAAAUAAGAGGCACAAGCUUUUUGACUGUUCAAAAAUAAGGUGGGUUGAGUAAACUUGCCCGGCAAACCCAACUCUGUGGUUGGAGAAUAAGAUGCUUGCUCAUACAGUUAUUGAACUGACGACUGGUGCCUUAGCAGCCAUAUUGUAAAUGUUUGAGGGAUUUUUUAGAAUGCUUUGUGUGUAGAUGUGUGUACAGGAAUAUUAAAUCACAUGUUAAUUCUUCACAACACAUAGUUUUACUAAGUAUAACUUAUAAAAUAGCCAUUAGACUGGUAGGAAAUUACCGAACAAUCAGCAAAUGUACAGAGGAGCUAAAUUAAAACAUAACAAAGGACCAUCCCCUUGUUGUUUAGUGCUGCACCAUGUGGCAAGAAAAAAAUCAGUACAGUUCAUCACCACCAACUUGUAUUAGGUAAAAACAUGGCACAUUGGGAAGCAUAUUUACUAUUUAUGUGAUAACCUUGUUGCAAUUGUUAGCAGGCGAAUUGUAAGAUUUUUUUUUCCAAUUUUUUUAAAUUCAUAUUUUUUAGUUCUUUGAGUAAUAUCUGUUUCUACUACUAAUGAUGUUUCCCUGCUAUUAACAUACUUCUAUUAAUUCUUGCAAUAAGUGACUUCUUUCUUAAUUAUUUCUAGAUUUUUAGCGUAUGGCGGAAUUGUUAAAGUAUUUAGUACGAAUUCAUUAAUAAUUGAUCAUUGAAGAAAUAUCGUACUUGGAAAAGUUUAUGGAGGUUAACAUUUAUCAGAAUAGUGUGUAUUGAUGUGCAUUUUCAAAUACUUGUUUGAAACGAUUACAGUUGCUCUGUCCUGUACUUUUGACAUGUGUUAAACAAGUUUUUGGGAGGUUGUUGAAACUUGCGUCUUCAACAAAAAGUUUAUGGGUAAAGGUGUUGCCUGUUGUGUUAAUAACCGUUUUAAAACAUUAAGGAUUAAGGGGAAAAGGCGUUAACCAUUGCGUUAAUAAACGUUUUAAAACAA